AUGCAGCCCAAAUUUGCAUCCAGCGGAUAUCGCAAGAUCAUCCAGGACUUCUUCCCCGAUCUCGAAAAGCAUACGGCAAUAUACAAGGACCUCCACGAAAACCCAGAACUUCCAUGCCAGGAGCAACGGACUGCAGCGGUCGUGGCAGACCGGCUAGAAACCCUUGGCUUCGAGGUCAAACGCAAUAUUGGAGGCCAUGGGGUAGUUGGGAUUCUCCGCAACGGCCAGGGGCAAAAUGUCCUCCUGCGCGCUGAGCUCGAUGCGUUGCCACUCAAGGAAAACACAGGCUUGCCCUACGCGAGCAAAGUCGAGCAAGUCGAUGCUGAUGGUAUCAGAAAGAGCGCCAUGCACGCCUGCGCCCACGAUAUGCAUAUGGCCUGCCUGCUUGGGGUGGCAGCACUGCUGCUCGAGGCUAAGAGGUCCUGGUCUGGCACCGUGAUUACUCUAUUCCAGCCCAACGAGGAGCGGCUACUGGGUGCCAAAUCAAUGAUUGAUGACGGGCUGUUCAGCAAAAUACCCCUGCCUGACGUCUGUCUAGCACAACACUGUGUUCCGACCAAAAGUGGAACUAUUGCUGUGAAGCCCGGGCGUGUACUGGGGUACUUGGACUCCCUGAACGUCCGUGUUUAUGGCCGUGGUGCACAUGGCGCCACCCCUCAGCUGGGAAUCGACCCGAUCAUACUGGCUGCAAGCAUUCUCACACGUCUGCAGACUAUUGUCAGCCGUGAGAUUGAUCCUAAGGAGCCUGUCGUGAUAGGCUGCGGAACGUUUCAUGCUGGUACUGAUGCCAGCACCAUCCCGGAAUACGCAGAUUUCCAGGUCGACGUGCGCACUUUUUCGGAAAGCACUCAGAAAGCUGCAAAGUCUGCAGUCGAAUGCAUUAUCCGACACGAGUGCGCAGUUUCUGGAUCUCCAAAAGCGCCCCAUAUUGUGACUACGACCAGCAGCCCGGCAAUUGAUAAUGAUGAAGUGGCAACAAGACAAUUUACCCAGGUGCUAGAAUCGUAUUAUGGAAGUGACUCCUCCAAGGUUAUUCAGGUAAUGCCACCAGACAUUGUCGCGGAUGACUUCGUGAUACUCUCACUUCCGCCUGGCGGACGCCCACCAGAGACAUGGGAGAAGGCAAACAGAGAAGGCAGAUUGUGGGACUUGCCUCCAACCCACAGUGCUGUGUAUGCGCCAGCAAUCGAGCCUACUCUGCGGACCGGAAUCGAAGCAUUGGCUUUGUCUGCCUUGACUUUCCUUGAAAUUAUUUGA